CCGACUUUCGUUGUCUGCCGACUGUUCCACAAGCCGUAUCUUUCAGUACGUCAGACAUGAACUGGUUCAAGCUCAACCGCCUGCUGCUGCUGCUGCUGCCCCGUCCUUCCCGCUCUUGCCCACUGCCUCCCGCUCGGUCCCUGCCUGACAUGACAUUCGCGCACGAGCGGACGCAAUCAUUUCGGUACCGCAACGCUGCACAGUGCAGAGACCCUCAAGGUCCCCCCAAUCAUCGGCAGAAGCGGCACAUACGGGAUCACGCCCAAAAACGGGACUCAACGCUGAGUCCGCAAGACUCGGCUCUCCCGGGUCAUGGCCAGAGCGACAGGAAGGACAGCAACUGUGGCAGCACGGCGAGUGUGGAACAUGAUCACAUUUGGAUGGUGAGGCGAUCAUUCCGUUGUCGAAUCUGCUACCCGUGCAAUGACGGGGAGUCGGCUGCAUCACGAGCAGCGGGGCAUUGGUCGAACAGCCGAAGAUGCGCCAAUCCCGUUGAACAGGAUUCGGACUCGGUGAGGGAAGCCAGGGAGAAGUUGAAGACAGCCGCAGGUACGUUUAUCGUACUCGCGCGCAUUCUCAUGGUGUCAAUGAGCCCCACGAAGCGCACUUCAUCCCUAUCUCGGGCUUCCGCCAUCCCCAAGCAACAUGCAAACAACAUAGACACGACAAUCCCCUCAUGCUCUGCGCCAACGACUAGCCGACGUGGGGCAGCCACGAACUACGCGGUCAUGGACGCAAUUUCUUAUGGCAAAUAGCUCCCACAGAACGCUCUCCCCCUCUGAUUCCCUGAUUAUCGCCUAGACAUGCUUCUCUGCUGUGCUCCAGGCUACUGGGUCGGUCGACGUAUAUCAACACAUAUCUAGCCGUCAAGUGCGUUCCUGCUAUAGCCUCGCCCUACAUUGCUGCAUGAUGCG